AUGGCACCCACUACUAAUGCCACAACAUGCGACUGGCGCAUCGUCGAGAACUGUCCCGCACAGAUUGACACGGAGGCAAAUGGUGAUACUGGACUUUCAUCAAUCCAUGUUGUCGGUGAUCGGACAGUGGAGGGUACAUUCUUUAGUGCCAGGGGUAUCGCAGAUUUAGUCGGCGUUGCAAGUCCACAGACAGUCUACAAUACAAUUCCGAAUGAACACCGGGUGAAAAUCAAAUCCAAGAACACCUGGGCCGUGUACCUUGAUACAAUUGGGUUAAUGAUGUAUCUAUUUUCCUCCAAACGUGGACGUCAGACCACAUAUAUCCAGUGGAUUAUGAACAUUGUCGCUGCCUACUCAACAAGUGAUGUGGCGAAAAUCCAGGAUCUCGUCAAGCCCGUACUUCAGGUGACUCUGGGGUCCAGAGGUAUAUCAACCAUUGAUAGUGGUAUCUACAUGAUAUACAUUGGCAAGGUACAGGACCUUAGGCACCUGUGUGUGACACUACCAGCGAGCUGUUCUGGUGACGACGAUGUCUAUAAAUACGGGAAGUCCGACAACAUCCACCGCCGAAUGGGCGAGCAUAGUAUCUCGUUCAAGGAUGCGGAUCUCAAGUAUGCCGUGUACAUUGCGUCACACCUGACUGGUACAGCGGAGCGGGCAGUCUCUUCUCUUAUCAGUAGUCACUCGGCGGCAACAAGAUUCCCUAUGAACAAACACCGCGAAAUUUUUUCUGUACCUGCCUCUAUGGCAAAGUCUCUACUAGAUGAGGUUGUCCUUACUUGUCGCCAAGUCUCGGCUGGUAGCCUCGUAGAGGAGCAACGAUUGGCGGCCGAGUUGGAAAGAAUUAAAGAUGGUAUUAUCACGGACAACAAGUUGCACGAAAAGACACGAGCUACGGAGGUCAAGUACACAAGUCAGCUAGCUGACAUGGCUGCACGUGAAAUCGAAAGUCUGCGUUCGACCUUACGUACUUCAGAGGACGCACGUAAGGUUGCAGAGGAUGCACGUCUAGACUUGAGUCAGAAACUAGCAUCAUCACAAGCACAACUCAUUGAGCUAGCAAUGUUGGCUCCGGCCCGCAAGCGGGUGAAAAAAGACUGA